UCUUGACAUCAAAAUAAUCUCCCAAUUGAUAUCUCGCGCCCAGCAAUUCUACGACGAGCUCGGGGACAAUGACACCCGCCCUCGCUUCAUUUCCAAUACCCCGUAUAAUGAUAUUCUGCAUCGCGGAUCUUUAAACUCCAAAAGCUAUUGCUUCGAUGUGCUCAGUUACAAUUGGGCUUCCCAGUACUAUAUUGUCCGGUUCAAGGGACCCGAAGGGGUCGCGAUAUCCCGCAUAGACUUUUGCAAGGCAUGGGCCCUUUCCCGUCGGACAGUCGCUUUUUUAGGCGGCCUCAAAUCGUCAAUACAAGACUGGGUUCUUGAACAGGAACAUGCACAAGAUCUGGAGACCAUCUCUGAGCUGCUCCGUAAAGUAGUUUUUGUAUCCGGUAAAGCAGUAUCAGCAGCUUAUUCUUCUGCCUUGGAAUAGUACGAAGCCUAUUGGGACGAACUCAGCUUUGUCAUGCAGCAUAUCAGUUCCUGGGAACGGAUCGGUUAUCUGCCCUUUACCCACGCCCAUCCUUUCCCACCCAACUACAAAUCCCUCGUAAACAACCCCUGCAAACCCCCUUCUCGUAGAUGGAUCCUCAAAGGCAUGGACCAUUCGGCUCCGCUCGACCCUUAUGUUAGAUGUGAAUCGCCUUUCAGUGCGCUAUACAUCUUCUACGUCAAGAAGAUACUGGAACUUCACGAAGAAGGUUUCGAGGAUCGGUGGUUUGCUAUGUGGGAUAACGAGCCUCUCGUCCAGUCUUCCGCUGUCGCAGCCGACGUCUUCAUCUGGAUGUCUGUCGUUGUCGCCUUGUUCAAGUACGGAUGGAGAAUAGGUGGGUCGAAGGCAUUGGAGGAUGCGAAAACGUGA